AUGUCCGUACUCGCCUGGCAGGCAGGAGCUGCAUCUGGUUCGUUUCUGACGGGGACUAUCAUCCAAGGUCUCAUCGCCCUCCGUGACCCGAGCUAUGAACCGCAAAAUUGGCAUGGAACCUUGUUCGUAUUCGCGAUGAUAGCUGUCAUUUACUUUUUCAAUGUCUAUGCGGCAAGCUGGAUGCCCAGAAUCCAGAAUCUCCUUCUCGCGCUGCAUUUGUUAUGCUGGGUCAUCAUUGUGGUUGUCUUGUUCGCCAUGGCUCCUCACAACUCUGCCAAAACCGUAUUCACCUCGUUCCAUAACGGUGGCAAUUGGUCUACUAUGGGCAUAAGUUUGAUGAUUGGCCAGAUUACAGCUAUAUAUGGCUCUCUCAGCUCCGACGCCACCGCACAUAUGUCCGAAGAAGUCAAGGACGCAGGUCGAUACGUACCAAUCGCAAUUGCAUGGGGAUACUUCGGCAACGGAAUACUCGCAUUGAUAAUAGUAGUUGGCUUUCUUCUUGCUCUGCCCUCAGUGCCAGAUGCGCUCAACGACAGCACUGGAUUCCCCUUCCUCUACGUGUUCCGCCAAUUCCUCUCGACCUCCGGUGUCAACGGCCUAACAGCAAUAAUCUUAAUUCCCGUUAUAUUCAGUAACGUCCUCUUCAACGCAUCAACCGCACGUCAAACAUAUGCAUUCGCACGGGAUCGUGGGCUACCCUUCGCAGACUGGAUCUCGCGAGUCGACCCGCAUCGGUGCAUUCCAGUGCGAGCCAUCGCACUCUCUUGUAUGAUCAGUGGCUUAUUGUCGCUAAUUAACAUCGGCUCGCAAGUUGCAUUCAACGCAAUCAUCUCUCUCAAUGUCGCCGCACUCAUGUAUACGUACGCGGUAUCCAUAAGCUGCGUGAUUUACCGGAAGAUUGCCUGUCCUGAAACGUUACCUCCUCGACGUUGGAGUCUUGGUCGUUUCGGUCUUGCAGUAAACAUCAUUGGGCUGCUUUAUAUUAUUUUCGCGCUGUUUUGGUCUUUCUGGCCUCCGAGCCCUUUGCCUUCGGCGCAAGAUUUUAAUUGGAGCGUGGUUAUUUUCGUUAAUGUGUUCAUUAUCAGUCUUUUGAUGUAUUUGUUCCAGGGAAGGCGGCAGUAUGUUGGCCCUGUUGUGACGGUCCAGCGAAGCCAUUGA